AACACAUUAAUUAACAACAAUCCUCCGGUAAUAAAUCUCUCUUUCUCCCCCUCCUUGGAGAGAGCACCUUAUGCUGAUUCCUCUCCUUGUCUUCCUCAAAUCGUGAACCCAUCCAUCCUCCAAAAUUCCAGAUUUAGAUUUCUGGGUAUACGUCGAUCAUGGCGGUUGUUGAGAGUGGAGAUUCAGGAGCCGUGGUCCAGCCGACGUCUUCGCCCACAAGUCAAGAUUCCGAUCAUCAGAACCAUCAGUCGUCAAGGAUCGAGCUUGGGGAUGAGGAGGGCCUGUACAGCAAGAUCGGAUCCCAUCCCGAGGGGUCAGAUGGUGGGGAGAGCUACAAGCGUGAGAUGAGGGAGCUCCAGGAGCUUUUCUCGAAGCUCAAUCCCAUGGCUGCUGAGUUUGUUCCUCCCUCCCUCUCCAAACAAGCCAACGCUGGCUCCUUUUUCCCUGGCGCCGGAAAUGUCCCCCUUGAAGUCAACGCCUACGGUAACGACAACGGCGGUUUCCGACGGAAGAAGAGCUUUGGUCAAGGGAAACGGAGGAUGAAUGCUCGCACAAGCAUGGCUCAGCGAGAUGAUGUCAUCCGAAGAACCGUCUACGUCUCUGAUCUCGAUCAACAGGUCACUGAAGAGCAGCUUGCUGGUUUGUUUGUUAGCUGUGGACAGGUUGUUGAUUGCCGCAUAUGUGGUGACCCAAACUCAGUACUUCGUUUUGCUUUCAUUGAAUUCACUGAUGAAGAGGGAGCGAUGACUGCUCUGAAUCUCUCUGGGACUAUGUUGGGAUUCUAUCCUGUGAAAGUCCUGCCCUCUAAAACAGCUAUUGCACCCGUUAACCCGACUUUCUUGCCCAGGACUGAAGAUGAGCGAGAGAUGUGUGCUAGAACUAUCUAUUGCACUAACAUUGACAAGAAGGUUACUCAAUCAGACGUGAAGAUCUUCUUCGAAUCCUUCUGUGGAGAGGUUCUCCGUCUGAGGCUCCUUGGCGAUUAUCAACACUCGACUCGUAUUGCUUUUGUAGAGUUCGUGAUGGCAGAAAGCGCGAUAGCAGCUCUCAACUGCAGUGGAGUUGUUCUAGGCUCUUUACCGAUAAGGGUGAGUCCUUCAAAGACACCUGUUCGUCCCAGAUCACCCAGGCAUCCAAUGCAUUGAUCUUAGCGUUACACGUUUUCUCCACAUAUGUCUCUCUCUCUCUAUAUAUAUACAUAUAUAUAUAUAUAUGUGUGUGUCUCGCUCUCUCUUGCGAAACAGUAUACACAGACAUGUAAAGAUGUUUGUUUGCAUCUCUUUGUUUUGGGAAUGUAACUCUUGGGAUCUGGUGAUGCUUCUUCCCUUUACCUUUUGUCUUGCCUUGAGAGUUUUCGAUGUCACUCUUUUAAUGUCAAAGAGCUUUGAACCAUAUCAAAGAGAACUCUUACUUUUCUUA